UCCGCCGGCUAUUAACGUCGUCUUGCUCGACGAACCGAAGCGCAUCGAACGAUUCUUGCUCAUAGCGAUCGCCAAAAUCCCUCUUUACCUUCCCGAUUCAAACCCUAAAACCUCCAAUCGGAAAAAUUCUUUGAGGAGCUUCUCGAUUUCUCUCAAUCCGGCGCCGAUUUUUUGAUCGCCUGUAUCUGCGUAUGUAGGUACUCAGGCCGGGGCAUGAAGAAACAGUUGCCGGAUAGUAUUGGAGGCAAGAUGGCUCGGGAUCUAGACCUUAACUCUCUUCCUGUAGAGUGGUAUCUCUUGGAGGGGACUUCUGCUGCUUUUGAACCCUAUCAUACUUCUGGACAGCAACAAGAAUCUUCUGCCCAACCAAUUUCUAUCAUUGAUGUAGAAGGGAUACAGGACGAAAAUCUUACUCUUUCAUCCUCAGGAGGCUUUCCCAUGGGGUCACAUCAUACCAAAGGGAAACAGCCAGUGACAGUGAUCAUAGAUGUUGAUCUGGAGUUGAAUCUGAGCAGAUCAGGUUUCUUUCCUUUGAUGCCCACCUAUUUUUCAGUCAUGGCAGAGGAACAAGUUGCGCGCUCAUCAUUUAAUGCUCACAAGAGACCACUUAUCCGUUCACCUAGCAGGAAAAGUAUCGAUUGUGAUGCGUAUAUUGAUUUGGAAGAAGGGCAUGGCACUAAGGUCAUCAUAUUGGAUGAACCUUAUUCUGAAAUGUGAAACCGAAGAAGAGGAUUUGAGAUGCUCCCACGAUUCUGAAGAAGUGUGGUAUGAGGCAGAAGAUUAAACAUAGGCAGAUGAGAAAAAAUAGUGAAGAUUAUAUGUCAUCAGUAGUCGUAGUUACUUGAGAUCCUUCACCACUGAAAUUGUCAUCUUUCAUUCCUAAAAGAUUUCGUCACAAUUACAUUUCCUGGCCUUUGAAACUGAGUGGAGCUUGAAACUCCGCUUGCCUUCUGCAAGUUUCAAAAUUUUCAUUGAGAUCAAUAUCACAACAAGAAUUUUAGCGUUUCUCAAUAAUUCUGAAAACACUCAGUCCUCCCUUUGGUAAAAUACCAAAGGUAAGAUAUCAAAUUCAUUUCUAAGUCUCAAACUCGAUUCAUCAUCAUUGUCAAAAGAUGCUCAUGUCCAACUAUUCAAGGCCUGCCACAUGAUUCAUGUUUGUUCAUGACCUCUAUGCAAUUCAAUCUUGAUUCUUUCUAUGAAA